AUGGCCUCCCAAAAUAAGAUGUCCCUAUCCGAUGACAUUAACGACGAACUUAAAUCGAAACUUGCAGAGCAACAGCAGCUUCGACAAAAGGCAUUAGAGCUGGAAGAGUUUGUUAAAUCUCUGCAAGGCCGGGUUCCUGAGUUAAAAUUACUUUCUUCCAGCGCCCAAAAGUCGCGGGGGUUGCGUGAUCUCGAGGAAACUUUGACUCCUGAGCAGGAAAUGAGGGAGCAUGAAGCGGAAUUGGACGCGAUCAGAGGAAGGAUCAUUGUCUUGCAGCAGGCUAUCACGUUGCUGUCGCAGCAGGGGAAUUGAAUAAAACAAUUAAAAGUGACCAAGGUAUCCAAGAAGGGAGGGACCCAAUAACACUUGCAAUGUCGGAUCGUCGGCAUAAUUGACGGAUAUCUGCGAGGCCACGAAUCUUGGACAUGAAUUUCGGGUUCUCUGGUUGUUUUCCUAGUUCGGGAACUGGGAUGGGGUCGGGUUCGAUCGGUUCUAGUCCUGCCAGUGCUAAUUCUUUCUUGAAAUCCUUAAGCUCGGACAUUGUUUUCUGUAAGGCUUCCACUUGCGGUUUCCGCAGAUUAAGAUUAAAGAAUGUUUCC